UCUCCUUUCAAUAGCAAACAGAGAGAGAGAAAGUUGGAUCUGGCGCUGCCCUUUGGUUUCACUCAUUAUUUCUGUGGACAAUGCUGCGAGUCAGAUGUCUGAGAGGAGGUAGCAGGGGGGCCGAGGCUGCCCAUCUGAUCGGAGCCAUGCUUGGCCGGUCAGUUGCAGGUUGGGUGCAGAGGACCUUCCAGAGCACUUCAAGUGCAGCAGCUGCUGCUCAACGCCAAGCAGCUGAAGAGGAACCUGUUACUGAGCCCAUUCACCAGGAGUGUCCCGUCUGCAGCUACAAUGAAUGGGACCCUCUUGAGGAGGUGAUCGUGGGGCGAGCCGAAAACGCCCACGUGCCUCCGUUUACAGUGGAAGUGAAAGCCAACACAUACGAGAAGUACUGGCCCUUCUACCAGAAGCAUGGGGGCCAGUCUUUUCCUGCGGACCACUUGAAAAAAGCCUUUGCUGAGAUUGAAGAAAUGUGCAAUAUCCUGCGUCACGAGGGCGUCGUUGUCAAGAGGCCAGAACCCAUCGACUGGUCUGUCGAAUACAAAACUCCAGACUUCACGUCCACAGGAAUGUAUGCUGCCAUGCCAAGAGACAUCCUCAUGGUUGUCGGAAAUGAAAUUAUAGAAGCUCCCAUGGCCUGGAGGGCUCGGUUCUUUGAGUACCGUGCCUAUAGGCCUCUGAUCAAGGAGUACUUUAGAAAAGGUGCAAAGUGGACCACAGCUCCUAAGCCAACCAUGGCUGAUGACCUGUAUGAUCAGGACUACCCCAUCCGCACUGUGGAGGACAGACACAAGCUGGCUGCCCAGGGGAAGUUUGUGACCACGGAGCAUGAGCCCUGCUUCGAUGCUGCUGACUUCAUUCGAGCCGGGAGGGACCUUUUCGUCCAGAGGAGUCAGGUUACAAAUUACAUGGGUAUCGAGUGGAUGAGGCGCCAUCUGGCCCCAGAUUACAAGGUGCACAUCAUCUCAUUCAAGGAUCCCAACCCCAUGCACAUUGAUGCCACUUUUAACAUCAUCGGCCCCGGAUUGGUGUUGUCGAACCCUGAUCGCCCAUGUCGCCAGAUUGACAUGUUCAAGAAAGCCGGCUGGACUGUUGUGAAACCACCGACACCUUUGAUUCCUGAUGAUCAUCCACUGUGGAUGUCCUCCAAAUGGCUGUCCAUGAAUGUGCUGAUGCUGGAUGAGAAGCGUGUCUUGGUUGACGCCAAUGAAGGCACAAUUCAUAAAAUGUUUGAAAACCUCGGUAUCAAGACCAUAAAGGUGAACAUUCGCCAUGCCAACUCACUUGGCGGUGGCUUCCACUGCUGGACAACCGAUGUCCGCCGCCGUGGUAACCUGGAGUCCUACUUCCACUAGCCUCGCCAGAAAAAGGCAGUUUUUAUUGAGCUUUAAAAUCUAAAGCCUCAAUCCGGAAGCUUCUCAGAUACUUAAACAUCACUAAAAAAGAUUGAGCUUACAUCUGAUCAAAUCUGCUGUGUGCAAAUCUGAAAUCCUAACUUAGGAAAUUUGUUUAAACCCAUGUGAAACAAAUGACAGUAGGGUGGGUUUUUUGGGGGGGGGUGGGCUGGUUCGACCAAAAGCUCCUCUCCGGAUUGUGCCUUAAUUGAACAUUUAUGGAUGAUUUUGGUCUGCUGGACCUUGGAGUGCCUUUGCAAACAGCUUUGUUAAGAGAUAAACAGCACACACAUGCUGAAUAGCAAGAAUCUUUGGUUUAUUUCAAACAGGAAUCUCAAUAUUAACUGCAUUUCUGGCCUGGCAGGCGUGAAGCUUACCCAUCUAAAAGCCAAUGCUUUGAGGACAAGGUACAAUUUGGUAUGCGAAUGUCACUAAACUUGGGCACAGGAGGUUAGAAGCUACCUCUGUUUGAACACUCAGGGUGCUUUUUCUUAUCAGGACCUUCUUUUCCUUGCAUUCUCGCUACAACUACCUGUAGGUGUAGGUAUCUGGAGCAAAUGUCUCCUAUAUUACAUGUCUUUUUCCUUUGUCUGUAAUAAGAUGAAGGAACAUUUAAGAACCAAGGAAACUGCAUAAUGAAAAGCACCCUGAGAAAUCACAACUCUACCUUUUUCCAAUAUCUUUUAUAAAGAAACAUGUAUACAACUUUUAGGUGGUUCAAGACACCAUAUUCAUUUAUCACAUUUGUAGAAACAUUGAUUAAACUGGAAAACCUCAGCUUUUACUUUUACAACUCUUUUUAUUGGAUUUCCCAGCAAUAAGUGUUUUUAUAUAUUUUCGUAAAAAUCCAUGAGGUCCAUAUCAGAUUUUGUAUACCUUUUUCCUCUGCUGUUUUCUCCUGUUGCAUAUUUGGGCCAGUUACAGUACAUGCUGCCAGUCUUUUUCCGCUGAGCUACUUAUUUGCUUCAACAAACUGAAAAUGCAUGAGGGUAUAAUUAUUUUAUUUUAUGUACUGCUUAUACAAUUGCAAUGUUUUAAACUGCUUAAAAUAUUUUAGAGGAGAUGAAUUUCAGAGGAAAUUUGUUUCAACAGAGUGAUGCAAGUGAUGUUUUGUAGUAUGUCAUGACAGUAAAUUGUAAUUAAAAAGUCUCAAGUUUCA